UUGUCACGAGAGGUUUCGAAAUAUAUUGCACGUACGUGCUUUCAGCAAAAUGCAUCAAACCCGGACAAGUUGACUGGUUUCCUUCAAUAUUUGAAAAAGGAGCGCAAAGUCACCGUUGUUGAUAUCAAAGAGGGGAGCAUAAUAUUCACUUUGGAGUGUAGAUCGCAGCAAAUUCUUGAUGAACUUUGGGAAGACUAUUGUACAGGCCAUCUAAGUAAAGUAGCCCAGAUGGACCUUGUGACAAAGGACAUACUGAAACAGUUUGAUCUUACUUCAUUGAAACUCACGUCGAAUAUCAAAGAAGAGGACUACAGGGAUUGUCAACAGCGUUUAGGUUAG